ACACAAACGAUCCCGCGAGUCACGUGAACGCAGCAUAACAAAGUUAGGAGUAAAAAGCUUGUUUUGAAAGUUACUUUUUUUUGUACUGAAAGGCCGGAUUGUGCCUCUAAAAGUAUCUGGUUUGCGUUACCAUAGAAACGAAUGGGGGCUCUCCAACAAAGUUUGAACUAGUUCAACAAAGACAAGAUGGACGAAUACUACGAGUCGGAAAAUCUUCCAAGACAACAGCGAGUACUGAGCGCGCGUCAGCAGUCGCGGUGAGUUCACGAGCAGCGCGUGAAUCGAUCGGCGUUCAUAACUCCCUGCUGUACGCUCGUGCGUGUGAACAGGAGAUUGCUAGCGGGGGCGCGCUUCGCGAUGGCAGGAGGACCCUUGCGUGACAGCAGCUUUGCCCUCUUUGAUAUGCAGAAGAAACGCCAGGAAGAGGAAGAGCUGGACACAAAGAUCCAGGAGCGGCGUCAGAUAUUGGAGAGUUUGCAACAGCGCACAGACGAGUUGCAUGUGAAGAUGAAGAAAGCGAGGGAUUUACACUUAAGCUUUGACAUGUUUCUGAAGGAAGAAGACGCUGAUCGAGCUGCUCAGAAAGCAGAGAAGGAGAGGAAAGAGGUGCUUCAUUUGGAGGCGAAGCUGGAGAGGCUAAAGCUGGUGCAUGCCGAGCUGAUGGAGAGGAAACAGGAGCAACAGUGUUGGAUACAAAGACACUGUGUGUAUCGGGACUUACUGGUGCGGAUGCUCAGGAUGACUAAGUUUGAUGAUGUGCAGGAGCUCACAGGUCAUAUACAGAGUCUUCUCCACUUUCAAGACCACUUCUAUAAGAGAGAAAACAAGGCGCAUGAGCAGGUCGACCAGCUGAAAGAAUCCCUGCUGACACUGGAGGACAAUCAUUGCUUGCUGUGGCUGCAGAAGAACCACCAGAUGUCCCAACUCCACAUCGAGAUAGAGAAGAUGCGCUCUGAAGCUCUGUCUUGGGAAAGGCAGUGGAACCACAUUCAGGAAACGGCAGCAAAGAAAACACUCUUGCUGGGACGGAUUAAGAUGGCCACCCUUAACCUCUAUGAAAUGACAGAUGACAUGGUAGAAGGAGACGAAACUUUGAAUAUAAAUGACACAGAGAAACAGCUCGAUAAGGUUUGUACCCUGACAGAGCACAGAUGGGGAGGAACAGCAGAAAGACAGAAAACAAACAACUUACAGUUUUCUGUUUCCUAUUUAGGUCAAGAUGUUCAUCCAGGACUAUGAGGACUGUAUAGUAAAACAACAUUAAACUCCCUCACAGAAACACGAUGGACAGGAAAAAUAUAUGUCAAAGCCCAAGAAGCGCAUUGCAACUCGCAAGAUGCUUCAAUUUAGGCUUAAACAUACGUUUCCAUGCUGCUUUACGGCUGAAUUCACUGAACUAGCAUUUAAUCAUUUUGUAGUUCUUCUAAUGUAAAACUAAACCUGAACAUGAAGACAAUUAACUUAAAUAAAUGUAAGACACGGAAGCUAUCGACAAUCUUUUGUUCAUUUAGCUUCUCUUUGUUAUUAACGUGGCUUGAUUAUAAGUUAUGACAUAUUUAUGAGUGGUAUAACUACACAUUUGAGGUUGAUUAGUUUAAACUUGAAAAAUACUUUAUAUCUAGUAGAAAUAUCAGAUAAUUUAUACCGUUGGUGGAUCAAUCCCCAGCUCCUCUUGUUCACAUGACAAAUGAAUGAUGUACGUAGACGAUUCCGAACAUAGGGUCCUCUACUGCCACCGUGUGGCCGUAAUAGAACACAGCAACUGGUCCACUCAAUCAAUCAUUUUUAUUCAUUCUUUCUGUGCAUCCCGGUGGCUUGGGACCGCUGAGCUAAAGUAAGAAUAAACAGGGACUAAUUCAUUAUCAAGGUCUGAAAUAUGUUUUAUUUUUGAAAAAUUACCAGAUACAUGUGCGUCUGUAGCACUUGGCAC